AUGGAUGUUAACCGAAUUAAAUCAAAAGCUAUCGAGAAAAAUGCAGCAAUAAUUUCUGCUGAGAGAAAAAACAGACAACUUUUGCUUCCAAAUACGCUAAUUGUGAACGAAGCGAAUAAAACACAAUGGCGAAUUAUUUCCCAUUUAGGGUCCGGUGGGUUUGGUGAUGUUUAUAAAGUAGCGGAUGAAAAAUACGGAAAAAAGACAAAAAAGUAUUAUGCAAUGAAAACGGAGAUGCAUUCUGCAAAAAUGCACCGGUUGCGAUUGGAACAAGCAAUUCUGAAGGAACUUGCUGAGUAUGAUCGAACCAGCAAAAAGAAACAGCAUUUUUGCCAACUUUUUGAUGAUGGAAACACCAAAAAUUUUUCGUGGAUUGUAAUGACUCUGAUUGGACCAUCACUUGAUCAAAUUCGCAAAAUGCUCAAUAAGCAAUUCAGUGCGACCUCAGUUAUAAACAUGGCUCUACAGACUCUCGACGCAAUUCAUCACAUGCAUGAUGUCGGAUUUAUUCAUCGUGAUCUGAAGCCAGGAAACAUUUGUGUUGGAAUUCCACCAAAAGACGAGACCACAUUGUUUCUUCUCGAUUUUGGAAUUAGUAGGCGAAUAUAUAAAUCAGCAAAAAGUCGAAUCCUUCGGAAAGAACGAACGAAGGUUCCUUUUUUUGGAACUCGAAAGUUUUGCAGUCGAACUUGUCAUUUGGAAAAAGAUCAAGGAAGGAAAGACGAUAUCGAAUGCUUCAUCUAUACUGUACUUGACUUGUUUCACCAUGAAAAAGGUAUUCCAUGGAAUAAAAUAAUCGGCGAUUCGAAGAAAAUACUUGAAAAAAAGAAUGAGUUGUUUAGUGAUCCGAAAUCGGUUCUCAACCCGAUGAUUCCUGUUCAAGUGUGCGAUAUAAUCGAAUAUAUCGAAACAUUGAAAUUCGAGGAUGAAGUCGAUUACAAGCUCAUUGAGAACGAAUUGAUUGAAGCUGCAAACGAACGCAGUUUGAAUUUGAAGGAAAAACUUGAUUGGCAAGGAAAACUCGAAGAUAUGCUCAAGAUUAAAAUCCUUCUUAAAGGUCGUAAGUUAUCGAGAGAAGUUAUGGCAGAUAUCAAACGGAGUGGUGAAGAGGCGAAAGGCGAGGAGACGAUGCAUCGAGAUCGAAUCCAGGAGAAAUUGAGGCUGCGAAGAAUAAAGGAGAGACCACAUGACGAUCGAACUCGGACGGUAUCGAUGUCAAAGGAAACUGACAAUUUGAACGCCAAGAAGCCCGAUUCAGUUAUUAGCGAUAAACUGAUCACACAGGAAUCUGACCGACAAGCGCGAAAUUUCUGUGGAAGCGGUGAUCAAUGCUCAUUUCGCAGACUCAAGCGAGAAUCACUACGAAACAGCAUGCCGUCAUCAUCAGCAUCAAGGAAUCGCAACGAGAUCAGUUGA